UUUCUGGGGUCUUUUAUUUCAGCUCAUGAAACAACACUUUACAUGUUGCGUUUUAUAUUUUUGUUCAGUAUAUUUAUUCUAAUUAAUAAUGUCAACCUAUAUUUACCUUUAUGAUUGAUCAAAUGUCUGUUGUUCACCUGUGAAGUUUGUUGGUUGUUUUCUAUGUUGACAAUGUUUUUUAAACCAUAUUAUUGUUAUGAAAAACUGUACAUUGUCCAUCCACGGUGUCAUUGAGCCUCGUGGCUAAACUGUAAUUCAAAAAUAAGUUAAAGUAUCCUAACGGGUUGGUUUGUAAUCAGUUACAUUACCAAUCCUCUCCAGGCACUUAUUUUCUGGUGCCUUACCUGGGUCAUUCAUUAAUGCAAACCGUAGUAAAACUGUUUUGCAAUGGAAACCACUUAGAGCAUUUGGGUAAACGGUUAACAUUGCAAAAAGUUUUGCUACGAUGUGCACAAAUGAAUGUCAGUCUUUAAAAGGUUAAAGGUCGUACGUGAGAGUCCAGGGCCGGCCCUGGGCAUAAGCGACAUAGGUGGUCGCCUGCUGUGAAUGCAAUAUCGAAAUUUGGUUGUGCAUCAGUAGUUUUACUCGUGUCAUUCACUUAAUUAGCUCAUGGCAGCAUAAAAAAAAAGGUAAAUUAAUCUGUCCAGCUAUCUAUGUCUGAAUUACUGACCGGGAACAAAGUGCACGUGCCCAGGGGCCUCAUUUAACAGCCAUGCGUACAUUUCUUACUAAAUUCUGGCAUUUGUGGAAAUCGAGAAUUUGCAUGCGCAACAAAUUGUUGGGGUUUAUCACACUGUCGCAGGCAACAUACUGUGCACGUUGUUUUGAUAAAUCAGAGCCAUACUAUGUUUGUUUGCGCGCUACAAACCCGCCUGGAAAACGUCCUCCUGGAACAAGAGUUUCUAAAAGAAAGCACAAUGGCAAAUUUGAUCACAUUUCUGUAGAGGUGUGGGCAUAAUGUUUUAAUAUUUUUCAGAAAAUAAGGCAUGCCGCCUAUAGCAAGUGCCAAACACUGGAUAUACUGUCCUUUUGCAUAAAAUAAGCAUAUUAGACUUCAUGGUGAAAUGUGAUCUCCUUAUUAACUGCAUCUGUUUUAUCAUUAGGCCUACUUUUUAAUGUUUUUAUUAGCCUACCAUUGUUAUAAUUCCCGUGCAUCAAAUACCUAAAUUUUCCCCAAAAUAGACAUAUUUGCUUGCAAUACAGUUGAUCAACCACUAGUUGUGUGCGUGGUUUGAGAUUUGUGUGAAUAUAGGCACACUAUCCUGUCAUGUUCAAAAUGGAUAAAUACCAACCUUUGCGGGAAAACUGAAGUAUGCAGGUUUGGAGGCUUUUUGUUGUUGUUGUGUGCACACACCUUGAUAAAUCAAGCCCCAGGGUCCCUGACCUCCAGGGAGCACCCAUUUGAUUUUGUUAGUCACUCAAAUAUCAUAUUUACAUGCCAUGUUAUGGAAAAAUGUGUGGGAUUUCAGGAAAUUCCUUUUAAAAUGUAAAAAAUGUCUCCGCCUCAUGGCAAAAUGUAUAGAAUUGCAAAAAACGAGCUUUAAAACUGCAACGUUUUCUCUACACCCCAUGGCAAAUGUCCCCUAGGGCCCCCAAAAGGGUAGGGCCGGCCCUGUGUGAAACUCCAGCGCUGUAUUUCUGUCAGUUCAUGAUGAAGCUCGAGUAGAUAGGGCCCGAUGUGCUCUUUUAACCCAAAAUGUUUACUUUAAUGUUGACAUCUAUAGUUAAUUAUGUUUGGGACUGUGUGGUACGAGAGUAAUUUAUUGUGUCAUAAAACAUCUUGAAGCGACACAAACUUGACUAUUUCAAUCUUUAUUUUGGUGUAAUGAAAAUGUGAAUGCUGUUUGGCUUCUGUCAAAAUGUUAAAUUCAUGGAAAUCUACCGUUGUAAAAUAUUAUCUUGUUGGUCUAUAUGAGGAGAAUGUGCACUGUAGUGCUCUUGUGUCAAAUCUUUUUUAAUAAAAAUGUAUAUGACAUUCUUUCUCAUUUGGAAACGUCCUCCUUUGCCAAAUGUCUAUUUACCCCUCUUAGUGUUCUUAGACGGGUGUGACUAGGUAAAGAAGGAGGCAUACUCAGGUUAUGUAUGGAUAAAAUAUAUAUUUUUUACGUUGGUAAUGCUGUAAACUAAGUAAUUACCUCUUUAGCCAAGGACGGGAGGUGACGAUGACUGGUGUUUCUGUUAACAGUAGAUCAUCUGGCGUCCAAUAGAUGAUCAGGUAAAAGGGACUCCUUCCAGUCCACUUAAACUCUGUAAAUGUAUAGAAAAGGCAGGUCCUUGCCAUCUACAGUAUUUGAAUACAGUCUAUUCAUUAUUCAUUGUUCUGGCAUUUACUUGUUGUAACUUAAAACAUUUUGACGCUGUGUAUAGUGGGGCGGGCUCUACUGUCAGGUAGUACACUUAGGUGUCAGUCUGCUCACCGCAUUGUUCCCUUUUGAUUCUUUUUUUCACUCUUAUGCCACCAGGCUCCAGCCCUUACCUUUCAACCCCCAGAAGGUUCAGUGUAACACCAAUGGUACACCGGUAUUAUAUCUGCUGUUUUAACUGAGGGAACAUUGUGGAUUACUUUUGAUCACUUUGUUUGUAAGGUUGAUGGGAUCAUCGCCAUAAGGAAAUAUGAAUCGUCCCUGUGUGAACUGCUUGAAAGGUUCUGUCACCUUCCUCAACUUCAUCUGCUGGUUGUGUGGUGCCUUCAUCGUGGGUUUUGGAGAGUUCCAGAUGGUGCACUCUAGAUUUGGCUCCCUCAUCACGUCCUUCUGGCCCAUCUACCCUGCCAACACCCUGGUAGUCACGGGUACCAUUGUGACGUGUGUCUGUUUCCUAGGAAUCAUGGGGGCCCUGAUGGAAAACCGCUGUAUGCUCAUCACUUUUUUCAUCCUGCUGUUUAUCUUGAUGCUGGUGGAGCUGGCCAUGGCCUGUGUGUUUCUGGUGUACGAGAGGGAGAUUGACACUUUCUUUGAGAAAGACCUGAUGCGUAGCUUGGAGACAUACAAGAAUUCUACGUCAGAGGGGAACUUAACCAUUAAAGAGGACUUUGAUGUUGUCCAGCAUAUUUUCAGGUGCUGUGGGGUCCACGGCGUGGCAGACUGGGAGGGCAACGUGCCCCUCUCCUGUUGUACCAAAAACCCCUGUAACAUCAUCCCCCAACCUAACUGGCAGGAGGGCUGCCAUAUGAAGCUCAGGAACUGGUUUGCGAGGAACUUUCGAAGCACUGGAGCAGGUGUGGUCUCCCUUUUCAUUCUACAGUUCAUUUGCAUGUGUUUCACCAUCCCCGUCUUCUGCCAGUUCAGUCGUAAUGGAUAUGGUUACAAGUGAAAGGAGAACCCAUGACUUUCAACUGGCUUAUGACGCAAUACAGGAUCUCAUGAACUUGAGACAAAAUAAUAAUAGAUUUAAUUUAUGUCGAGCUUUUUAAUACAUGAAAAAUCUCAAAGAUGUAAUUGAUGUCCAGUUGGUAGAGCACGGCCCUUGCAAAGCCAGGAUUGUGUGUUUGAUUCCCACGGGGGACCAUUGCGAUGCAAUCACUGUGAGUCGCUCUGGAUAAUAGCGUCAGCUUAAUGACUAAAAUGUAGAUGUCAUAAGGAUAUAAUUUUCCUUCCUUCCGUGUUUAGUUUUUGUUUGAUUGUUUAUUUAAGCAAUAAGGCCCGAGGAGGUGUGAUAUAUGGCUAAGGGCUUUCUAUGCCGGACGCAACACGGAGUACCUUAUUGCAUUCAUUAACUGGUUACCAACGUAAUUAGAACAGUAAAAAUAAAUGCUUUGUCAUACCCGUGGUAUACGA